GGGAGGUUUAUCUAAAGACAGAAGUUUGAGCUCAGCGCUCCACACACAGCCUGAAGAGACGAUACCACACAAACACUAAAAGAUACAAUGCUGCUCCCAGCGAGCGUGCUGAUUGGCCUGCUGUGCCUGAAUCAUGUCGGUGAUGUGUGGGGUUUCGCCCGUCUGCAGGAUGAAGUGGAGCUACGCUCAGCUUUCUCUGUGGCUCGCACUAACAGCAUGGAGGGCGGGCCAAAGAUGACCGUGACCUUUGACGCGGUUUAUGUCAACAUCGGCGGGGAUUUCGACCCCAAAGCAGGCAUGUUUCACUGUCGUAUCCCCGGUGCGUACUACUUCUCCUUCACAGUGGGAAAGUUUCCUCACAAAGACCUGUCAGUGAUGCUGAUGAAGAACAGAAACGAGGUGCAGGCCAUUGUGUACGAGGAGAACGCCGGAGAGGAGAGGAAGGUGCAGAGUCAGAGCGUGAUGCUGCAGCUGGACUUUGGUGACACCGUCUGGCUCCGUCUGCACGGUGACCCUCGCUACGCGCUCUACAGCAACACCGGGCACUACACCACCUUUAACGGCUACCUCAUCUACCCCGACACCUACGGCUACCAGACGCAUCACCACCAGCACCACCUUGACUCUAACUCCCAGCAGCCCUUGCAAAAGAACAACCCCAUGUCAGAGGAUAACCAGGGCGCGGAGCACGACAGAGCAGUAACAAGAGGUACGCAGGAGGAGACGGUGCAACAAACAGAUGACGAAGAGGAAGAGGAGGAUGAUGAGGAUGACCAGAGAUCUGCCUUCUCUGUCGGGCGCACCCAAAGCAUUGUGGGAGUCGACCAAGUGGGUCUGCCGCAGCACCAGCCGGUAAGCUUCGACACCGCCUUCGUCAACAUCGGAGAGGACUUUAACGUGACAGAAGGUGUGUUCACCUGCCGCGUACCGGGCGCCUACUACUUCUCCUUCAACGUAGGCAAGCUGCCACAGAAGACGCUGUCGGUGAAGCUGAUGAAGAACCGCCUGGAGGUGCAGGCGAUGAUCUACGACGACAGCCAGGGCGAGAAAGCUCUGCAGAGUCAGAGUCUGAUGCUGGCGCUGAAACCAGGAGACACAGUCUGGCUUUAUUCACAUCAGAGAGACGGCUUCGGGGCCUACAGCAACCACGCCAAGUACAUCACCUUCACCGGCUUCCUCGUCUACCCUGACUUCCCAACAACGACCACCCCCUCCAACACGGCGAGCAGCAGCCAGACGGAAAAGAAACCCUAGCUGCAGCACACAUGAAGCAGACUGAACAUUAUGGAGGAGUUCAUGCAAAAGUUCCAGAUCCUGUUUACAUUCUGCAUUAACAUCCAUGCUGGUUGGUUAGACACCAAGCUGACUGCACUUUAGAGCUUGGUAUUAACAAUAAAACUCAGUGAUCAGGACUUACUUAACACACCUCUUAUGCAAACAACAACCUUUCUGUAGCUCUGGUGUGCUGUGGCUUAUCUACAUCCAUCCAGCCUCGCUUCUUGUCAUGAAAUAAGGAGAUGUUUCAAUAUAUCAAGCACCCAACAACUAAAUAAUGCAUCACCAUUACUUUUACAUGCAUGUUUAUGACAUGUCAGGGUGAGAGGUUGGAACGCUGAGGGGUCCAGACUGCCAGAUAUAUUUUAGUCUAGUCAACAUAUUAUCGUUUAAAGACCCUGUAAAGUGAAAAUAAAUCUGUAUUCAGGUUUGUUGUAUGACAGCCAGGUGACUGUGCUAUGAAGCCCCAGGUCAAAUUUCAGUCAGAUAAAACACUGUUAAAUUUAUAAAAUUAAGCCUCAAAAUCAUGAAAACGAGGCAUUUAAAAUCUGAGCUGAAGCCAUGCCCACUCUGGAGAAAUACAAUC